AUGAUUGUCGCACUGUCAACCCACCUGUUCAUGGUGCUUCUCCACAUUGUGGGGCUCAUUGUAACGCUGACUUGUGGAUGGUGUCCAAGUGCAUUGCCCGACAUGGUCAUGCACUCAUCGACGACUGCCAUCACACCGCUCGACGGCAACAAAAGCAAAAACCCGAAGAUAAUCUACCGAGAUGAGAUGAUAGGAACACAAUGGGAUGAGGGGGCCAUCGAAAUGUGGGUGCCACUCUUCAUUCCACGACACACUCGACACCACGCAUUGCUUGUGUACGGCACUCUGCAGCUCCCACUGCUCGACGGACGACUGAAUCGCUGCAACACACACCUACGUCAGCAAUCCAAUGUCGCAUAA